AUGGGUGGAUUUUUGACCAAGACUUUGCGGAGGCGUCUAUUUGAGCACAGUGGCACGUUUGGAAGCUUUAUAUUAGCCAAUUUUACGGUGUUGUAUUUUGAUGCAGAGACAUUGUUUGUUCAUGCGGGUCUUAAUGAGCAUUUUGCUUCAAUGGGAGUGGACAGGUUAAACGAAGAAACAAUAAAGGCAAUUCGCAUGAAAGACUAUCGAAGCCCCUUCCUUGGUGCUUUUGGUCCGUUGUGGACACGAAAAAUGAUAAUGGAUGCGACAAAUGGUCGCUGCGCAAAUAUUCGAAAAUUGCUUUCCUCUAUGGGAGCAAAAAGGAUAGUUGUAGGGCAUACACCACAGAGGUCAGGGCAUGUGGAACUAUUUUGUGAUGAUAGUGUCAUUGCUAUUGAUGUUGGACUGAGUAGAUGGAUGUAUGGUAAUCUUGCUGCGCUCGAAUUAAUGGUUACGUCAUAUACAUCUGAGUCAGGUGUAUGGAAAGAUGUCGUUAUGCGCGAGAUAACUACUUCAGAUACUAGAAGAUUUCAAACACUUGAGGAGAGUCUUAAUGACCCUUUGCUUUUGGAAGAAUUAAACCAUGCGGUAGAGGAAUAUUAUCAUUCAUCAAAUAGAAAUCCAACUGAGGAUAUAGUUGGUGAUUUGUAA